AUGCUGAGCAGGUAUGGGCCAUUCUGGAUAUGCAGCACCUUAAUAUUUGUGGCGGCUUCCAUUGGCACAUUUGUUACCUAUGUGGCACACAAGCUACAGAAAAAAGAAUGGAACUAUGACAUAAAUCUGGUGACUUGGUCUGCGGGUUUGUUUUAUGGCUACGUCACUAUAGUUCCUAUUUGCCUCUAUAUAAUUCUCAAAUACUUCUCUGCUCCAUCUGGUCUCAUUCAGCUGUUUUGUCUGUAUGGCUACUCCCUGUUUGUCUUCAUUCCUGCUUUGUGUCUCUCCGUCAUUCCCUGGGAAAUUUUCAGAUGGGUGGUUGCAGGGGUAGCUGGGUUCAUGUCGGCAACCUUCGUUGCACUUAAUCUCAGAAACCACAUUAAGUCUGCAGGUGAAAGGUGGUUUUUGAUUGUGGCUGGUAUCUUUCUGUUGCAGCUGCUGGCUCUUGCCCUGGUACUGAAGCUCUACUUGUUCACAGUCACAGUAUAA